UAUGAUCGGCGGUGAUGUUUGAAUUCCGAUAAGGAUAUUAAAAUUCUAAAGUCAUUCCACCUCCUGUCCCAUUUUCAUCGAAUCGCGCCUUGCAUCGUCAGCGUUUUAUCAUUUUGCGCAUCCGACUACGCUCGUUCACUCAAUUAUCUGCAAUUAGUAAGGUACCUAUGGUAAUUGAGAAAGGAAGCAGCAAUGGAAGACGUUAGAAAGAUAAUGAAGGAGGCCCUAAUUCAGAUUGGAUCAGGCGGAUCGGCAGGUUUUGUUGAAGUGUGCAUAAUGCAUCCUCUGGACUUGGUUAAGACUCGUCUUCAGAUCCAGUCCAAUGUUGUGCUUACCAGCAAUGACCCAAAAUACUACAGUGGUAUCGUCGAUUGCUUCCAGAAGAUGUAUAAGCACGAAGGAAUGUUCUCUUUUUGGAAGGGAAUCUUACCACCUAUCCUCGCAGAAACUCCGAAACGCGCUGUCAAAUUCUUCACCUUUGAACAGUACAAGCAAUUUUUCAUGUUUGGUUCUCCAGUUCCUACGCCGCUGACCUUUUCAUUGGCCGGUUUAGGUGCUGGUAUCACGGAAGCGAUUCUAGUGAAUCCUUUUGAAGUGGUUAAAGUAACGAUGCAAGCCAAUAGGGCUUCAGGUAAGGAAGUUCCGAGUACUUGGCUGGUCACCAAAGACAUUGUGAGGACGCAAGGUUUUGGGUUCAGAGGUUUGAAUAAGGGCGUGACGGCGACGAUCUCAAGAAAUGGAGUAUUCAAUAUGGUCUACUUCGGGUUUUACCAUUCCGUCAAAGGAUACAUGACCGAAUACAAAGAUCCGUACAAGGAGUUUGGCAGGAAGGUGGGCAUCGGUUUCGUGUCUGGAACUUUGGCCUCUUGCAUCAACAUUCCCUUCGACGUGGCAAAAUCGAGGAUCCAAGGACCGCAGCCCAUCCCUGGUGCCAUCAAGUAUAAAUCGACUUUAGGUUCAUUGUGCUUAGUUUACAAGGAAGAAGGCAUUUUGGCUCUAUACAAAGGGUUGUUACCAAAAGUCUUGAGGCUCGGACCUGGUGGCGCCAUAAUGCUUGUAGUAUACGACUAUAUGCAUCAAUUCCUGACGAAGACAUACCCCAAUUAAAUCGAUAAAAAGAUAGAAGGAUUGACGCUUUUAAGGAAACGCAACAAUAUAUAUAUUUUUAUAUAUUUCUUAUUAUAUUGUUAAGUUUAUUUUUCUUUUUUCUAUGCACUUUCUCUGUUGAUAAUUAAAUGGUUAAUGGACCACGUUUAUUUCAUGUUC